AUGCUUGUCAAGCUUGCUUUGACGACUAAAGGGAGAAUCCCAAGAUUCGUCCCAGUGGAGUUCUUGAGUAAGCCGAGUAUCAACGAUCAUGCUCCAGAGGUCGUCCAACCCAUGCAGACUAUCCCGAGUUGGAUGGACCCGAUAUUCGAGUUCCUCAGGAAUGGCAAGGUUUCUGAGGACAGAUUGGAAGCCCAACGCCUAAGGAUUAGAUCGGCACGGUAUGUUAUCAUCGGAGACAUCCUAUACAAGAAGGGAUUUUCCCAACCAUAUCUGAGGUGUCUGCGACUAGACGAGGCAAAGUAUGUGAUUAAGGAAAUCCAUGAAAGAAUAUGCGGAAAUCACUCUGUGGGUAGAGCCUUGGCACAAAAGAUCAUUUGUCAGGGAUACUUCUGGCCAACAAUUCAAGUUGACUCCAGAGAUUUUACUCGAAAGUGUGACAAGUGUCAAAGAUUCACGACUGUUCCCAGACAGCUGGUGGAAGAAUUGACCCCCAUGAGUGGACCUUAG